CUUUUUAUAUUGUUUUUACUGAUCCUUUUUUAGAAAUUAAAAAGUACAUUGAGCAGGCUUUGGAAUGUGGCACUGUUCUAUCUCUUUCAGGAUUUGUCAGACAAAAUACUGAUUUAGUAGUUCGUUUUCCUCCGAAAGGGACUGAUUUUAAUAGUUUAGAUGGUACAUGGAAAAAGCGAUUUAUGACAACUGCAGAAAUAUUUAAUACGAAGGAAAAUAAGGUGGUUGAUGGAAAAUCUGCAGAUUUAUUAGCAUGGAUAGAGAAAACAGGUGAGGAAAUUUUUGUUGGUGAACAAGCCGGACCACCUACCAAAAAGGAUUUAACAAAAUUGGCAACAAAUUCUUUCAAGCAGUAUCGAGAAAUGCAGGACUGUUUAAAUUUUCGAAUCUUACAAGCUAUGGGGAAGGGUGACAUAAAUUAUAAUAAUCGAAUUGUUUUUGGAGUAUUAGGUUAUCUUUUUGAAAUUAAAAUACUAAUGAUGUGA